AUGGUCAUCCCAACCACUGGGGGAGAACAUCCCAAACCAGCCUGCUUUUCUCUCCACAGGAAGACUUUAUCCGCCAUAUUUGUUGUCGCAGAUUCGCCAGAAACCUUCCUCAAAACAAAUAAAAAUACGAUUUUCAAUUACUUAUUCAGUAAGUAAUGUAGAUCUAAAUAAAUGUACAUGUAACUCUUAGGGUAUUACGUUUUAUUUUACAAACAUGGCGACGUCAACUGCAGGUGGGACUUCCUCCAUCUUCAUGUGUAAACUGUGCAACCUGUUCUCUCCACACCGAGCACAGCUCCUCUCCCAUGUGUCUGAGAAGCACCACACAGAGGGGCUCAACCCUGAUGACAUCAUUGUGGUCCUCAUGCCAUUAACAGCUCCACUGGAGAAUGGUGGAGAUAGCCCUGUUAAGAGAAAACGAGGACGUCCUAAGGGCUCAACCAAGAAGAUUGUAGCUGAUGGGCCCAUGACAGAGACUACUAGCCCCAACCAGAAAAAGCAGAAACAACAGACAGUAGAAGCCCAAUCAGAAGCUGGGCCAGUGGAUGAGGAAGAACCAGAGGACAACAAUGCCCUGGACUGCAAGAAGUGCAACCGUGUGUUCGGCAACAGGCGACAGAUCAUGAAACACAUCUGCUUGAUAGACCUCAGAGAGGAUGAGGAUCAGGAGGACAACGACAAAGAGUUUGAGGCUCAACCUGGCGCAGCAGAAGGCAAAGAGGAGGACAGGGAGAGAAGCUCAAAGAGGCUACGGCCACUCCGCUCUGAGAGGGUUUCUCUUGUGAAGGAGCAGGAACCAGCAGGAGGCUCCAAGAACCCCAUCAUCAGUGUGGUUCUGACCGCUCAUGAGGCACUUCCUGGUGCGACCAGGAUAGUGCCGAUCGAGGCCACCCCGGCAGAGCCGGUUGCUCCAGCAGACACAGACCCUCAGGAGGCAGGACAGAAGAGAGGGUUUCAGGAAUAUUCCAUACAACAAGCUGCUUAUGAAGUGCCAUUAAAGUCCAACAGAAUAGGACAGACCCAGUUGAAGAUCUUCACCUGCGAAUACUGCAACAAGGUCUUCAAGUUCCGCCACUCGUUGCAGGCCCAUCUGCGAACCCACACCAACGAGAAACCCUUCAAGUGUCCACACUGUGACUACGCCAGUGCCAUCAAAGCCAACCUCAGCGUUCACUUGCGCAAGCACACGGGAGAGAAGUUCAGCUGUGAACACUGCUCCUUCCAGUGCCUCAGCAAGGGCCACCUCAAGGUGCACGUGGAGAGAGUUCACCACAAGAUCAAGCAGCACUGUCUCUUCUGCAAAAAGAAGUACUCCGAUGUGAAGAACCUGCUGAAACACAUGAGGGAGAGCCACGACCUAGAGGACAAGAAGGUGAAGGAGUCGUACCAUGAGUAUAGUCUACAGACCAGGGAAGGCAAGAGGCAGCUCCUCUACGACUGCCAGAUCUGCGACCGCAAGUUUAAGAACGAGCUGGACCGUGACCGCCACAUGAUGGUUCACGGUAGCGAGAGGCCGUUCGGCUGCGAGCUGUGUGACCACGGCUGCACCAAGUUUCAGGCUCUCCAGGCUCACGUCCGUAAGCAUCCCUUCCUCUACGUGUGUGCCACCUGCCAGCAGAAGUUUGUCAGCUCCGUGCGGCUGAAGGCCCACCUGAAGGAGGCUCACCCAGAGUCAGAGGAGGCGGUUGGGUUCUCAGAGUCCAUCAACAGCAGCUUCUGUCUGCUGGAGCCGGGGGACGACAUCAAGAGAGAGAUGCUGAGACAGGAUGAGAUCAGGAUGGCUGAGGAGCUAUCUCUACUCAACGCCCAGCAGGAGGAGGAGGAGGCCUUCACUGGUGACCCUUCAGAGGAACAGGAGGAGGCCUUCACUGGUGACCCUUCAGAGGAACAGGAGGAGGCCCUCGCUGGUGACCCCUCAGAGGAACAGGAGGAGGCCCUCGCUGGUGACCCCUCAGAGGAAAAGGAGGAGGAGGAGGCCCUCGCUGGUGACCCUUCAGAGGAAAAGGAGGAGGAGGAGGCCCUCGCUGGUGACCCCUCAGAGGAAAAGGAGGAGGAGGAGGCCCUCGCUGGUGACCCCUCAGAGGAAAAGGAGGAGGCCCUCGCUGGUGACCCUUCAGAGGCCCUCGCUGGUGACCCUUCAGAGGCCCUCGCUGGUGACCCUUCAGAGGAACAGGAGGAGGCCCUCGCUGGUGACCCUUCAGAGGAACAGGAGGAGGAGGAGGCCCUCGCUGGUGACCCCUCAGAGGAGCAGGGGGGGGGAGAGGAACAGGAGGAAGGACUGGGAGAGGGAGAGGAACAGGAGGAAGGACUGGGAGAGGGAGAGGAACAGGUAGUCCCUGAUCCAGGGCCUGAGGAGACAUGCGUGUUAAAUCAACCGGCACAAGAGACUGAGACUCUACAAGACAGAACUGAGCCAAUCAGUCCUGAACAAACCCAGACAGCAAGAAAAGGCACGACCCAGGAAGUAAUCAGUGAGGAGAGAACUGAUAAGACACUGAUGGAGGAAGACAAGCCUCACGGGGAGAAUGAGGUCAUUGUGGCUGAACAAGACACUUUGGUAGAAAGGCCUUCAGGCAAGGAGGAGUCAGUGGUGGGCCACCAGCAGCAUCCAGAAGAAGACAAAGGUUCUUCAUCAACAUCACAAGGUCAUGUUGAGGAGACUCUCCGGUCUUUGGUUCUGAUUCAGGGGGAGGUCAUAGGUCAAACAAACGCUUCAGCUGGCCCACAAGGAGAAGAUGGCACAACGGAGGAGAGGAGCGCUUUCCAACAGAUUCUAGAUAAGUUGCAGAAAAGGCAGCUGAACAUGGUUGUCUUUGACAGAAUCCGAAAAGUAUACGGGGACCUGGAAUGUGAAUACUGUGGAAAGCUCUUCUGGUACCAAGUGCACUACAACAUGCAUGUGCGUACUCACACAAAAGAGCAUCUACAUUACUGUACCCAGUGCAGCUAUUCGUCCAUCACCAAGAACUGUCUGAAGCGACACCUGAUCCAGAGACACAGUAACAUCCUGCUCCAGUGCCCCAUGGAACACUGUCAGUACUGCACACCUGACAAGUACAAGCUGCAGGCACACCUCAAAACACACUUUGACAAUGAGAAGAAAAGCUUUGCUUGCCCUGUGUGUGAGGAAACGUUCACUGAAGAUAAACUUAAGCAUCAUAUCAAGAGCUUUCAUCCAGAUACGCCGAUGGACACCAUCUCCGAGGCGCUUGGGGUGCGGGUGCAGAUGAAGGGCUUGAUCGGGAAGAGAGCGUCUAAGUGUCCUUACUGUGACAGCUACUUCAUGAGGAACGGAGCUGAUCUGCAGCAGCACAUCUGGGCUCACCAAGGAGUGAAGCCCUUCAAGUGUUCCCUGUGUGACUACGCCAGCCGAAGUAAGAGCAACCUGAAGGCCCACAUGAGCAGACACACCACGGAGAAGACACACCUGUGUGACAUGUGUGGCAAGAAGUUCAAGUCCAAGGUCACUCUGAAGAGCCACAAGCUGAUGCACACAGAGGACGGUAAACAAUUCCAAUGUACAGAGUGUGAUUACAGCGCUGCACAGAAACCUCUACUGGUACGACACAUGGAGCAGCACGCCUCUUUCAAGCCCUACCGCUGCGGUCACUGUCACUACUCCUGUAACAUAGCAGGACCCCUGAAGAGACAUUACAGAAAGAAGCACCCCAACCAGGAGUACUGUAACGCAGGGCCUGGGCCAGCCACCUCUGAGGCUGUGGAGCAGCAAGGUGGAGUGAAGUGUCCUGUGUGUGACUAUGUGUACGGUACCAAGUGGGAGAUGAACAGACACCUGAAGAACAAGCAUGGCCUCAAAGUGAUUCAGAGUGAGGUGCUUGGUCUCAACCAAUGGGAGGUGGUGGAGCAGUCGGUGGAGGAGCCCCUUACCCAGUACCUCCACAUCACUGAGACAGAGGACCCUCAGGGGACCGAAGCUGCCGUGUCGGCCCUCCAGGAUCUCAGGUUCACAGAGAACGGGGUGGUGGCGACCACCACAGAAGGGCUGGAUCCCACCGCGGUUAACAUCCUGCAGCAGAUCAUUGAGCUGGGGGCGGAGUCUAAUGAUGCCACAGCAGCCUCCAUGGUGGCCAUGGUCCCUGGCAGAGUGACCGUGGUGGAGCAGGUGGCUGAGGAGGAGGAGCAGAGGAGCCACACUGUGAUGAUCCAGGACUCCUUCCAGCAGGCAGCCUCCAUGGGGCUGGGUGAGGAGCACCAUCUGGUGGUGUCGUCUGAUGAUGUGGAGGGCAUGGAGACGGUCACCGUGUACACUCAGGGAGAGGACGCCUCCCAGUUCAUCGUCUAUGUCCAAGAGGCUGUGCAGACCGAGGAGCAUACUGUGGAAUCUAUCUGAGCAGGACAGAGCGUUGGUGCAGGCAUGGAGGAGCAGUCAACAGUUUCAUCCCGGGUCAUUCAGUAGGUGGAAGACAUUUUUAACACGGGGAGAUAUUACCUGAACUUGGUCCAAUUAGAACACAGAUUUGCAUUGUUCCGUUGCUAGACAUUUUUCUACAGUGUUGCCUAUUGAACUCCACCCUGGCUUGCUCUAUGAAACCCACAACCAAUCUCCAAUGGCUUUGAUUGGAAUAACAUAGUGGCUUGAAAUGUAUCAUUUCAUCGCUUAUGCCUUUUCUCUGUGAUUAGCAUAUCCUUACGUUAAUUCAACUUAAUAUAGCAAAAGGCUUUUCUUAGAAAACCAGAUUUUGGAAUGUACUUUUUAUAGAAGUGUAUAAGUCAUUUAGUAAGGGGAUAAUUCAAAUAUGCAUGGCGGGAUACAAUCUGUAACGCUGUGGACAAUGAGCCUUUGAAAGGCUUCGUUACGGCGUUCACAGAGAUCACAUUCAAGGCAAAAGCCUUAAUCGGAAAUGACCUUUUAAUAUCAAGAGCCUUUUCAGAUUGCAUCUCGGCCUUUUACUUAACUUACAACAUAGUUGCAGUUUUUGCAUGAUGUGCCUUUAAUGUUUACAACGGAUCAUUUACAGGACUGGAUUCUUUAUAGGACUAGAUUGGUGAUCAUGUUUUUCUAUAUACACACCCCCCCCCCCAUCCCAUCCUGUUGACUAAUAUUUCUA